AUGGCCUCUACACACAUUGUCCAGCUGCAGUCGCUCAAGCCUGAUCUCCAUGAACGAGCCUGGGUAUCGAUACCGCAUCCGAGCCUCCCUCUAAUCGCAACCGCCCACGGCAAGAAUGUUACUGUCUUCUCUCUAUCGACUCUUUCUUUCCACAGCGCCUUGACCGAAGGACACGCGCGAUCCAUCCGAAGCGUCGCCUGGAAACCUACGCUGCCGCCGCAUGAGCUGUGCCUCAUCUCAGGCAGCUUCGAUUCUUCCGCCGGCGUCUGGCGCUGGAACAAGGGCAGCGACCAGGACGACGGCGAUAGUCUGGGCCAGGACAUGUCAAGAGGGCCGGCGGGUGACGAGGCUGCCAAGUCUGGCGAAUGGGACUAUAACCUUGUGCUAGAGGGCCAUGAUUCCGAAGUCAAAUGCUGCGCGUUUAAUCCGCCGGGCAACUACCUUGCGACCUGCUCGCGCGACAAGUCCAUCUGGAUAUGGGAGGACAUUGCUAGCUCCGAAUCGGAAGACGACUGGGAGACGAUUGCCGUCCUCAACGAGCACGAGGGAGACGUCAAAGCUGUGGCCUGGUGUCCUGAUGUGCCUGGGCGCAACAGCGUUGGGCAGCGAUACUACAGCGUCGAUGUUCUUGCCAGCGCCAGCUACGAUAACACAGGUCGAAUCUGGCGCGAGGAUUCGGACGGAGAAUGGGUUUGCGUGGCUGUUCUCCAAGGACAUGAAGGCACCGUCUGGGGUGUGGAAUGGGAACCGAAGCCGAGAGAUAAUCGAUUCCCUAGACUCUUGACAUUCUCGGCUGAUGGGACAAUACGUGUGUGGACGCUUGAGCAAGGGCAAGACAACGCUGAUGGGGAGGCCUCAGCGAUGGCUCAGGGCCUGGGCGGUAUUCCAAGCACAAUGCGACGGUCUUUUAGAGAGCAGUGGAACUGCACGGCUGUGCUCCCCAAGGUGCACGACAAGGAUGUAUACUCAGUCACAUGGAGCGCUGAAUCUGGCCUCAUUGCAAGCACGGGGAGUGAUGGUGUGAUUGCUUUAUACAAAGAGGAAGAAGCUGCUGUUCCAUCGAACCCCCCGGCAGUCUCCGAGGCCAACACCUCGGAUAGGAACGCGAGCUUGAAUCACAACAGCUCUGCUGCUGGCGGGCCACAAUGGCAGCUACUGACCACAGUGCCCAGUGCUCAUGGACCAUACGAGAUCAACCACAUCACCUGGUGUAGGCGUUAUGAUGCGGGCUCAACAAGGAAGGGGGAAGAGGAAAUGCUGGUUACAACAGGCGACGAUGGACUCGUUCAAACAUGGCGGGUUGAUGUUGGAUCUUCAUAG